AAAAAAAAAAAAAAGAAAAAGAAAAAGGAAAAAUCCGUGUCGCGAAGAAUAAAGGAUCAGCCUAAAGGAACGUUUCGAGAGAAUCGUUGGAAUCGAAUCGAGGAGAUUGGGCGUUUGAUGCGGAUAGAAGCAAGGCGUCCAAAGCGUGAUCUUUGAAGAAGCGGCAGGUGGAAGAGAAGAGGAGCCACGAGGGCCCGCGAGGAGACUGAAGAAGAGCGAUUUCCCGCAAGACUGCCGGGGGUUGUUGCCCAGCCCCGGAGAAGCGGACAUCAGGCCCGGAUGUUCGCAAGGACGAGACGCCGAAAACGCUGCCAUGCUGCAAGGGAAACUAUUUACGGCCAUCGACAAGUUCCUUACGACAUCCCCUUUGGUUAACAAAAUCAAGUUACUGAUUACGAGACAGAGCAGCGGGACGGUAGGGAACAGCGAGGGGCAGGAAGGGGCGGCGAGCGGCUGUUCCCCGAGGACGUCGACGGCGACCACGAUAACGAUGACGAUGACGACCACGCCGACAACGCCGACGUCCACGUCCACGAUGACUGUCACGUCAAUCGUGGCCGCGGAAUCAGAGGCGUCGAUACCGUCGACCGCGACAGAGCAGAGGGAGCAGCCCCAUGCCACGUCGACCACGUAUCUCACCGCCUCCUCGUCCACGGAGGCCGACAAAUUGCCGACCAACGUCCUCUUCUCCUUACCCGCGUCGCCGAAAAAAUCCGCCUCUGAGUCGUCCACCAAGAUACCCAGCAAUAUAUCGAAAUCUCAAAUGAAAGAAUUCAGGGAAGCGUUCAGACUGUUCGACAAGGACGGGGACGGAAGCAUCACGAAGGAGGAGCUCGGCAGGGUGAUGCGCUCGCUGGGGCAAUUCGCGAGGGCCGAGGAGCUGCGCACGAUGUUGCAGGAGAUCGACAUCGACGGAGAUGGAAAUGUCAGCUUCGAAGAGUUCGUGGAAAUCGUGAGCAACAUAGGUGCGAAUGAAACCGCCCCCACCGAUCAGGAUCAGGAAGAGCAGGAGCUGAGGGAUGCGUUUCGGGUAUUCGAUAAACACAAUCGGGGAUACAUCACCGCAUCCGAUUUGAGGGCAGUGCUGCAAUGUCUCGGCGAGGACUUGUCCGAAGAAGAGAUCGAGGAUAUGAUCAAGGAAGUGGACGUGGACGGAGACGGUCGUAUCGAUUUCUACGAAUUCGUCCACGCUCUCGGAGAGCCGGGGAUCGACGACGACGAGGAGGACGAGGAGGAGGAGGUGCUGUCCCCGGGUUACUAGGAUUUUACUUAUUCUCGUGUCUGUGUUAGAUAGAACGAAUUAACGAGGAGCCAGCAGGACGACGGACAUACACGUUCGUCGCAUACUUUCCCCCCUCCCUCUGACAUUCACUUCGUUGCAUGUAAUUCGAGCGUCGUGGAUCGAAAUUCGAUCCGAUGUUCGACGAUACGAUUUCUUCGAAAAAAAAAUAAUAUAUAUAUAUAUAUCUUUUGCUCGUCUUCGACGUUGUACAUCGAAUGAAGCAAAAAGAAAAAAAA